AUCUUUCUGCAAGGAAUGUGAGUUGCUCAUGAUGAUUGGACACUGAGCGAUAGGCCUACAUGAUUUUGAUUAAACUGAAGCUUUUUGUAAUGCUACAUUUACAUUGUAAUAUCCAUCAGAUAAAUUAUGAAUAGAAAAUAAAAACUACCAUCAUAAAAAUGUUUACAUUUUAUAAAUACGACUUGCUUUGUUGUAGGAACCUGUUCUCGAUUGAUUGAAAAAAACCCGACGAUGCCAUCGAAUAAAUAUUGAAUUGUCUUAGUAAUCUUAGUCUUUCUCUGAUUGGCCUAUCUAUACUUCUCUAUAGACUACUACAGUAGAUAAUCUAUCCUAUGACCAUAAAUAGUAUUAUAAGAAUGAUAAAAAUUAUAGGGCGCCUAAUAUUUUAAAUAUUUUUUUAAAACUAGGGCAGACGAGGCCCCUCCUAGUCCUACUAUUUAAUUUUAAAAUUGGACUUUUUUUUUUUUUUUAUAUAAAUAAAUAAAAAUAUAAAUAUACUAUAAUUAAAAAAAUCAAAAAAAAUAUAAAGUUUAAACAUUGUGUUUAUAUAUUAUUUUAAAAAAAAUAGAGAAUAUAUAUAUAUAUUAUAUAUAUAUAUAAUAUAUAUAUUAUAUUUUAUAUAUAUAUAUAUAUAUAUAUAUAAGUGUAUAUAGUAUAUAUAGUAUAUAUUAUAGUUAGGCCUAUAUAUUGUGUAAUAUUGUAGAAAGUACUGUCAUCAGUAUUAUUAUAUUUUUUUUUGACUUAAUGAUUUAUCUGGACUAACAUUAAAAUUAAGUCACAUUAUAAAUAAUUAUAUUAAUCAUUAAUUAUUUAAGAGAGAUUUGUGUUACAAGUUCUACAAGACUUUGAUAAAGCUUAAGUAGAAUAGUAGAAUAGAAGACAUAUUAGUGUUAACAAGUAGGAUGAAUGGCUAGUUAAGACAAAACAAAGUUAUGUUGGUUUUUUUAACCAUCACUUUAACAGAUAAAACAUAAUAAUUUUCUUUUCAAACAACCUAUGAAUUAUAUCCAUAAACUAAUGGAGAAAAUAAAUAAAAUGCAUUUUAAUAAAGGUUUUAAAUCAGAGAAAAUGGUAUUGUGAGCUCUUUGCAACAACAAAAAGAAAACACUUGAUGUAAACUUUAAAGAUACCUUAGAUUUACAGUUAAAUUUUCCUGUAGACUUAACCAGGUUUUACUAUACUAUACUAUACAGAAAGUUUAAGUAAUUUUAGGGAAGAGUACGGCUGAGUUACAGUGGCAUCAUUCUGAUCAAUUCAAUUAUUUUAAUCUUUUGUGACUAAUUUGUCCUGCUGUAACUUAAUCACAGGUUAGCAUCUACCAAACAUCAAUGAGUGUUUAUGAAUAUGAAGUUAUACCCAAAGAAGGGAGUGAAAUUUACAUUGGAAGAACUAUGCCGAAAGGAUUUGCUCCUAAACAUACUUGUUCACUAUGGUUCAGUAGAAUUUUAGUGGUGAUCAUAACAGUUUUAGCUUUAUUUGUUAUUUUUCACACUGUAUUGGAGACAUUCCCUAUAUGCCGUAUCUCUGGGCCAAAGCACUGGACAUCGCAAGGUUAUAGGUAAACAAAAACAAUGUAUGAACAUCUGCAAUAAAAUCUUAGGAUCCUGAAUUACCUAUUCAUAUUUUGAAAAUAUGAAUUAUUUAGUCAUCCAUACAUUGCCAUUGCCACUAAUAAAUGUAAAUAAAAGCAUGCUGAACUGUAUAUGCUUUACUACAGUUUUGUCUUGGUCAAAUCUUGCAUAUUAGUUUUUACCCUCUUCUUGACUCCAAUUGAGCUGAAACUUUGUUCACUUACCCACCCCUGAUGCCAAUACAACCCUUCAGGAUCAGUAGGUCACCGGUGACCUCCGCUGACUCUUGUGUGACCUCUGCAGUUUAAAUCUUGCAUCUUAAUUUUGACCCACUGCCUGAUCUCAACUGAGCUGAAACUUUGUACACUUUGUGCAAUUUCAAUGUAAGCUCACAUAUAUAAUGAUUUAAUUGCAUCAUGUUACUGGUAUUCAUUACAAUGUUUGGUGUCAUAUUUUAUUUUGAUUUUUGACCUCUAGGAACUUUGCUAUAAGGACAACCUGGAAUGGCAACUGUGUGCAGCAUGAGCCUGUCAAGAUCUCAUUGGCACCAGCAGCUGACGGGGGGAUGAUCAUUAAAAUAUUGGCCCCAUUUUUCAACAGUCCAGGAAGACCAGAUGGACCUGCUGGUCAACCUUUUCCUCAACUAUGGGAUUACGAAGGUGAUGAUUAAUUUGUGUUAACAUAAUCUUGAUUAAGAUAAGUUAAUGCCAUGAGAAAUGUAAUAAGCAAUUUUAUUUGUUGUAUUAUCAUUGUAAGGAUUAGACUAUGUGGAUUUAGUUUUUAAAAAGCUAAGAUUCAAGCUUUAUUCAUUCUGUAUUAGAUCUCAUAGAUUUAUAAGUUUUCAAGAGAACUUUUAUGACUGACUGAAUCUGUGUGAAUGAGAAUUAUAGAGCAUUGUGCUUGAUAACUUUAGUGUUACAUGAAGUAAAAAAAAUUCUAUGGGUUAUAAUAAUUGUUUUCUAAAUGACUAAACAAUUAGAUUUUCAAAAUUUUUCUAACCGUAAAUUGAUGAAUAAUCCAUUAAUUUUAGUAAUUUUAGUUCAAAUUAAACUUUUACUUCUUUAUUUUUUCAGUGGUGGAAGCCUUUUUCCUUAAUGAUAAAGACCAGUAUUUGGAAGUAGAGCUAGGCCCGUAAGUCACAUUAAAUUAAAUGCAGACAUGAUAGCAUUAUAUCAUUAUAUUGUGUAUGACAAAAGGGUUUUUAAAAAAUGUAUCACAUGUAAAUGGCUCGAAAGGGACUGUAUGGCUAUAGGGCCAUUGUCAAUAUGCUGCAUAACUAAACUCUUUUUUUUUAAAGAUCCUUUCAGAAGACACAAUUAUAUUAGCUCCCUUGUUUUACAGUAUCCUUCAUCCUAUGUUGUGGGGUUAUCACUUCCCCUGUUUACCAUAGAGUGUAUUUUAUGAACUCAUCAUUUAGCUUAAUUUGUUUGUGGAAUCAAACAAAAAUAUUUAAACACACAAUGACUUGGAAUGCUGAGUUUAGAAGUCAGUACCGUUAUAUUUCUCUUAGAAUUUUCAAAUGUUUCAAAGUUUUUCUCAUUAGACUUACAUAAAAUGGAGCACUAACCCAAUGAUUUUUUUUCCAGAUGGGGUCAGCACUUGUUGUUGAUGCUGAAUGGCGAAAGGCAUGCAGUUAAGGUAAAUAAAUGAAAUAUAUUUACAAAUAUGUAACAGCUUAUACAAAUUAUAAAAAAUUGUAUGUAGUUUUUGGAAAAAAAUGUGUUACAAUAUUUGAGCAAAUCAGAGGAUUUAAAUCUAAAGAUUUUUUCAAUUUAUUCACUUCAUUCAUAAGUCACAUUUUGUGUUACAUCAUUUAUUCACUUCAUUCAUAAGUCAUAUUUUGUGUUAAAUCAUUUAUUCACUUCUUUCAUAAGUCAUAUUUUGGGUUAAAUAACAAGAUUAGUCAUAUAUUAAAAAUUGCAGCAUUGUUUUGUCAUGAUUAAAAAAAAAACUGAAAGUUUAUUUUCCCAAAAUUAACCGGUGGAGACAUUAACCUGGGGCAUUAAUUAGUAAAAUGAAUAUAUGGUAAGCUCUUUACAAAUUGAAUGUUAACUGUAAAUGUUUGAAUGUCAAGGAUAAACUACCGCUGACCACCUACACAGCGACAAUUGAAGGGGAUAGAUGGACAGGGGAGGCAAUCUUGCCCAGAGAUUAUUUCCCACCAGGUGUCACCAAGUUCAAUGCAUAUGCCAUACAUGGAGAGGGAGAUGAUCGUGUGUAUGAAUCCUUGUACCCCGCAACAGGCGGAGAGACAAAACCUGAUUUGUAAGACUAACUUUUAUAUAAAACACUGGAAGUCAUGCUUUCAGAUAUAAAAUUUAUAAACCUGUCUGCACAUUAAAAAAAUAACUGACAUAUUAUGUUGUAGUUUUUAUUAAAAUCCCAUUUAUCUUGGCGUAAUAGUCUAACAAAAAGCCAAAUUUAUAGAAAUAUAUAAAAUAUACUUCAAUUAAGAUAUUCAUUUAUAGUAAAGGAUUUUUCCUUUUUUUUUUUUUUUUUUAGCCACAACUUGAAAUAUUUCCAGCCACUGGACAUCAGCCAGCUACUGAACAACUAUGACCCUUCAUACGUCUCAAACUUAUGGAAGCCAUAUGUUGGAACAGGAACAAUUGUUGGAUGAAAAAUAUAUCUUUUUGUUAAAUAAGCCUACCACAUAUGUUAUGUUAUUGUGUAAAAUGUAUUAUAUCUGUUUCAAUCUUUGGAUUAUUCUUUAUAGCAGGAUGAUCAUAUACUGAUGAUUACUUUUAAAAAAUUAGAUUUAAUCUAUAAAUUAAGUUCUUUAGGGAAUUCACUUGAAAUAUUCAAAAAUUCAUUUGCUUUUUGCACUUUUCUUCUUCUAUAUAUUAAGGGCCCCCGAUCAAUUUAUUGAUCAUUUUGGCUCCUAUGCAUGUUUGCAAACUAACAUCAGAGCAAAGUAUUGGAAUACAGGCCUCAUUCCAAAAAUGCCCUUUUUUAUAAUUUUGCACUGUUGUGAAAUUCUAGAUAGGAUUAAGUUCAGCACUGCAAUUCAUAAUAUCGGUACAAAUAUACCUCUGGCUGACAUUUAAUUUUAUUCAUAUUGCAUCUACCUUUCAAUUUCACUCACUACUCCUCAAAGUCACCCAGUUUGUCAAUCUCGCUCAUACUUAAAUGUUGAAUCAAUUUUUUUUUUUUAUUAACUCUCAGAAGUAAGGGCAGUUUAUAAAUGAUUUUUUUUUAAAUGAUUUCUAAUUACAAUUUUAAAAAAAAUAAUAAUUACAUGACAAUUUUAAACGAGACAUUAGAUUAGAUUUCAACCAAAAAAUCUCAGACUUAAGUCAGCAUUUUUUAGCUUUAUUUUUGUUGACUGAAAGGUAUGUUGUUGUUUUUUUUAAUUUUCCUUUAAAGACACCUUUAAUUACCUUUAAAUUGUAUCAACUUUUUUUUUUUUAUAAUUCAUAAUGUUUUCAAAUAAAGUGGGAAAUUUUUAAAUGAUGAUAAUCUUGUUCAUUUAUUUAUUGAGGAGCAUUAGUAUCAAGUUUCCCCAGAAUGACAGGAUUUAACUUUUCUUUGACCCAUCACAAUCCUGUCCUUGAGUAAAAAGUUUGAGAGUUUUGUCACAUAAAUAAUACAGUAUGUCAAAGUAUGUGCCAAAAUAUAUAAGCUGAAACCCACGCAUCUCAAACUUGUAAGUGUGCUUGCCACUAGGCAUGGAGUGCAGCCACAUUGUGUUCCCAAUCUUAGGGCAUGGGCACACAGGCAGUAGCCCAGGGCUUCAAGCUGAGGGCCUUCCUCAGAUCAAUAUAUCGUGCCUUUCAUAUCUCAUAAAUAAAUAUGCCAUUCAUACAGAAUUUUUUUUUUUAAAAGACCAGUUUUCACAUAGCCAAUAAAUUUAUAAUAUAUACUUCAU